AUGGACACAGCGACCGCCGCAGAAAAUGGUCGAGAACCACAGGCAUCCCCAAAGGAUCCUAGUGCAGAAAACGAAUACACCCGUCCAGCCACAGGCAAAUUCCGCUUCAAAUCCUCAACAUCCAAAUCCAGAUCCAAAUCUUACCGAGACGAACCAUACGACACCUCUCACCACCGCCGCCAUCACUGCCAUUCCCACCGCCACCACCGCUCCUCCAAACGACACAAAUCCAAGCGCUCACCCUCCCCCAAUCCCCCAGAUAACCCAUCACGCCUCUCCCCCGACACCGCCUUCCGCGAGUCCCUCUUCGACGCUCUCGGCGACGAUGAAGGUGCUGCAUACUGGCAGUCCGUGUACGGACAGCCAAUCCACAAAUACCCAGUCCCAUCCGUCCCCAAGGGUCCGGACGGCGAGCUGGAGCAGAUGUCCGAGGAGGAGUACGCGGCGUAUGUUCGGAGUCGGAUGUGGGCGCGGACGAGGGAGGGGAUGGUCGAGGAGCAGGAGCGCCUGCGCGCCGAACGAGCGCGGCAGAAGAGACGCGAAGAGGAAAGCGCAGAGAGCCAGCGCGAGAGGAUGCGGUUCGAGCGCGCGAUGGAGGAAAGUCUCCAGCGCGGCCGGGAGCGACGGCGCCUCAAGGUGUGGAAGACAGCCUGGGACGAGUACCGGCGUGCCUGGGAGGAGGUUAAUCAAGAAGUAAUCGUGGGUGCGGGCGAGCGCAGGGCGUUUCGGAAUCUGGUCUUUUGGCCGGUGGAGUCGGGGAAACGGAGGGAUGUUUCGCGUGAAGCGGUGGAAGAGUUUAUGCGCCAUGCGCCAGUGGAGGUCUCUGGGGUGGGGGACGAUGAUGGGGCACACGGCACAGCUGGCCUGCUUGCGGUGCUCAAGUCUGAGCGGAUACGCUGGCAUCCGGAUAAGAUCCAGCAUCGAUAUGGUGCGCUGGGGAUCGAUGAAAGUGUGAUGGCUAGUGUGACCGAGGUCUUCCAGAUCAUCGAUCAUAUGUGGAAUGAGACGAGGGCGAAGCAGUCGUAG